AUGGCCCACUUCCGACUGAGCCAAUGUGCCAAGCUCUUCCUUUGGCCUCUUUUUGGCCCUUGGCCACUUCUAGGCUACGGAUGCACGAUGGAUGAUACUGGCUCAUAUCAUCGUUUGAGCGCGGAGCUGUUUAGAGCGCCAAGAAAGGCUCUGACGCCAGAGGAGACUGCAUUCCUCAAAGUUCCAAACAAUGCUUCUGCACGGGCAUCGCUGGAAUUCAUCACCAGCAAGCCGCAUGUAGCUGGCACUGCGGGAGACCUGGAAAUGGCAGAGUAUGUGAAGACGACGUUUGAAAAGGUAGGUAUCGCUGCAGUCCUAGACCCUCAAAAGGUUCUCUUGACCUACCCCGUGAGCAGUUCAUUGGAACUUUUGGAUGUCUCUGGCAAGAUGGUUGCAAAGGCCUCUCUUGCAGAGGAUACUUUGGAUUCUGACCCUACAACGCACACAUGGUGGAGGAACCACACCUUCAACGGAUACUCACCUUCCGGAGAGGUCACUGCCCCAAUCGUCUAUGCGAAUUAUGGUCUGCCAGAAGACUUUGCAGCAUUGGAAGAAGCCGGUGUUGAGGUCAAGGGCAGUAUUGUUCUCAUGCGCUAUGGAGAAUGCUUUCGAGGCCUCAAAGCCAUGAAUGCACAGAAAGCAGGAGCUCUUGCUUCUAUCAUUUACUCAGAUCCGGAGGAGGAUGGCUAUGCCAAGGGUAGCGUUUACCCUUAUGGGCCAUGGCGCCCAAAAAGCAGCGUUCAACGUGGUUCAAUCCAGUUCAUUUCCCUUUGUGCGGGAGAUCCAACUCGAGCAUACAGCCCUCAUGGCAUGGAUGUGGAGAAGCUAUGUGGCUUCAGUUCCAAAGAACUUAUCCCUCAAAUUCCUGUCUUGCCAAUCUCCUACGGGGAUGCAUUGGUCUUCCUGGAAUCACUGGGAGGCAAAGAAGCUCCCAACAAUUUUCGAGGGGCUCUCAACAUCACCUACAGGUUUGGACCAACCAAAGGGCACUACAAGGUGAGGGUGAAGGUCGAGAACCGUUUCCAAUCAUCGCCUGUUUGGAAUGUCAUUGGUACAAUUCCUGGUUCUUUGCCAGCUGAUUUAGACCAACCAGUUGUUCUGGGGAAUCACAGAGAUGCUUGGGUCUAUGGAGCUGCUGAUCCAAACAGCGGCACAGCCCAACUGUUGGAAGUUGCAAGGGGUUUGGGUCAGCUCCUGCGCACUGGUUGGAAGCCACUGAGGACAAUUUACCUAUGCUCUUGGAGUGGGGAAGAGUAUGGCCUCCUGGGUUCUACAGCAUGGGGUGAGGUGCAUGAGAGCAUUUUGCGGCGGGCCUUGGCCUACGUCAAUGUGGAUACCGGAGUUUCUGGACCACACUUCCGAGCAUCCGGUACGCCAUCCCUAGCACAGCUGCUCGGAGACGUCCUUGGUCAUGUCCAACAUCCUGAAUCCAAGAAGCCACUCUCAGAGCACUGGAGUGGCAAGUUGUAUUCUCUGGGUUCAGGCUCGGAUUAUACCAUUUUCAUCGAUCAUUUGGGCAUCCCAUCGCUGGACAUGGCGUUCUCACCCAGGGAUGCACAGUAUGGCGUGUAUCAUUCAGUUUAUGAUUCCUUCACGUGGAUGGCAACAGAGGGAGACCCAGACUUCACUUAUCAUGUUGCCAUGGCUCAGCUUUGGGGGCUGGUCUCAUUGCGCUUGGCUGGCACUCAUGCCUUACAAGCACCCUUGCCAAUGAAUCUGAGUAUCCAAGCAGAGGCGAUCGAGGCCUACAUUGCUGAGAUCAAGGAAAACAUCACUUCACUGGACUUUCGGCGUCUUGAUGAAGCAAGUAGCACCUUUAAGGCGGCUGCAGCAAAGACAAUGGCUGAGGCUGCUCAUUUGAGGCAGAUGGGCCAGAAGGCCCCACAUGAAGAAGUAACAGCUCUCAAUGAACGAGUCGGUCUUGUAGAACGACAAUUUCUUCUCUCUGAGGGCUUGCCCGGACGGAAGUGGUUCCGACACUGCUUGCAAGCGCCUGGGCUUUACACAGGCUAUGCAGCCAAAACACUUCCAGGGAUCUAUGAGGCCAUUCAGGCGAAGCAUUGGGAUCUGGCGCAAUCACAGAUACUCGCGACAGCGCUCCGCGUUGAAGCAGCCGCAGCUUACUUGGCACCAUCUUCCUGGCAAUCUCAGAUCACGGCAUGGGGUGAAGCUGCUGACUCCCUCGUCGCAAGCGAGCUAGUAGGGAGCUGCAGAAAGCAGAAGUUGCUGUUUGAAGAACAACUGGUAGCGCAUGGACGUCCCAUUCAGCAGCCGCACCACAAAUAUCAAGGCAGAGAAGUGAGUGCAUGGUGGCGCAAGUUGUCGGAACCUUUCUGUGACUUAUUACCCAGCCUUACCCUGGCAGCUGCAAACCACAAGCCACAGUGGAACAACGGCUGCAUCCAAGCCAAGGUUGGAGCUGCCAAGGCUUGCAGAGGGCUUGUGAUGGCUUGUGGACCCUGCGUAACGCCCAGUCUGCAGAGUCAAUUUGUUUCAAGGCGCGCCUUCGUGCAGAUGUGGCAAGAGGACCUGCUCCGAAUCUCUAAGCAGGAGCUUCGGAAGGAGGCAAAUCUUCAGAAAAAGCGUCUGGAAGAACUGUUCCAGAAGGCUCAGGAUGAGUUCCGCAAGGCUGUGACCUGGAGGAAAGAAGCAAGAGCUUUGAAAGGCGCGGUGGACUUGGAACGCGACAACCACGAGAAGCUCCAGAAGAAAAUCCAGGAACUGGUUCGGCGAGAGAAGGCUUUGCGACAGCAACAUGCAGAAGAGAAAGAGUAA